GUCUUGACCCGGCCGACGUACCAUUGCAAUAUUUGCACGACUGUUGUUUACCGUCGUCGUGGAUGCAUGUCAAACAGAGCAAGGUCAAUGUGAUGAUCCAACUGCAUAUGUGACGGGGCAAGACGUCAGUGUUGACAGAGCUCGAGAAAAACUGCAUCAACAACUCAAAUGAAGGACAUUUACAUGAACACGGGCAUUUAGCAUGAACUAGAAUAGAACAACUGUCAUAACUGCAGCUCUGAACGGUCAACUGCGCAGUCAUGUUUCGAAUUCUGGAGGAGGCCAACAGGGAAGCCCUGGCCACGUUCCUGUGUCCACCCGGCUACAGCGCCGCACUGGCGCAGGCCGCCGCCGCCCCACCCGGGUACGAGCCGGAAACCUGCCCUGGCUCGCCGGUCGAGGUGGAGUUCUUCUGGGAUGCCUCGUCUCGGGCGGCCUCCCCGGCACCGGAGCGUCCGCUGCCGCUGGCGCCCCGCUCGCCGGUCCCAGGUCACCGUCUGCGGCGCCCCAGCGGGAUGACCCCGCCGCCGCUGCGCCGUCGCCGACCCUCCGAGUGGAGCCGCUGUGAGACGCCUCCGGCGGUCGGCGGCCUGCUCAGUGUGGCGCCGACGGCAGCGGGCGCGGCCGGCCGGCGCCGCUCCAGCGCCCAGCUCGAGCUGCUCAUGGUGUUUGGCGGCGCCGACACCGCGGCCGCCGGCCAGCCGCCGGCCGAGCAGCCGCCCGCCGAGGCCAGCUGCUACCCCAACUGCGACCUCUCCAUCUGGAUGCGCUCCUGUGACACGGAGCAGAUUGAGCCGCUCCGUGGAGAGAUCUCAGGUGUUAUUCCGUCGUGGUUGCGGGGUUCACUGCUCAGGAACGGACCAGGCCGGCUCAACGUUGGCGACGAACAGUUCAAACAUCUGUUCGACGCCUCAGCACUGCUGCAUCGGUUUCACAUAGCCGACGGUGAUGUUACCUACCAGAACCGCUUCCUGCGCUCCCGCACAUACGAGAGGAACACGGCCGCCCGUCGGAUCGUGGUAUCCGAGUUUGGAACGCUCGCCUCCGUGCCGGACCCGUGUCAGACCAUCUUCCAGAGAGUGAGCAGCAUGUUCAGCACUGAGGAGAUGAUGACGGAUAACGCCAUGAUCAGCAUCUACCCGUACGGCGACGAGCUGUACGCGCUCACUGAGACGCCCUAUCUGUUCAGAGUCGACCCCGAGACGCUAGAGACCAAACAGAGGGUGAACCUGAUGAAGCACGUGCAGGUGGUGAACCACUCGGCGCACCCGCACGUUCAGCCGGACGGCACCGUCUUCAACCUGGGCCAGAGUGUGGGCCUCACCGGGCCCGCCUACAACGUCUUACGGUUUCCGCCGUCCGACGGCUCAGGAGUGGACAACGUGUUCGAGCGAGCCCAGGUAGUGGCCUCUGUGGGCUGCCGGUGGCCGCUGCACCCGUCCUACAUGCACAGUUUCUGCAUCACGCCCGGGUAUUUCGUGCUGAUCGAGCAGCCGCUGGCGGUCAGCACCGUACAGGUGUGCAGGACUCUGCUGCAGCGGCAGCCGCUCGUCGCCGCCCUGCGCUGGUUCGACGAGCCCACACGGUUUAUCGUGAUCGACCGUAAGACGAACCGCGCCACUUCUCUGUCCUACCAGACCGAUCCCCUGUUCUUUCUACACACGAUAAACGCCUACGAGGAGGACGGACACCUCGUGGUGGACCUGUGCGCCUACCAGGACGCGCAGAUGCUCGACUGUAUGUAUGUCGAGGCUCUGAAGUCUGCACAGACCAACCCGCACUACGCGGAUAUGUUCCGCGGCCGGCCGACGCGGUUCGUCCUGCCCCUGUCACCACCAGUCGGCCUUGACCCGGCCGCUAACCUGGUGACCUUGACCGGCACGACGGCCACGGCCCGUCGCCGGUCGGACGGUUCCCUCCAGCUGACCCCGGAGCUGCUCUGUGACCUCGGCACAGAGACACCGCGCAUCAACUACGCCCGGCAUAACGGCACAAAGUACCGCUACUUCUACGCCAUAUCGUCGGAUGUAGACGGAGAUAAUCCUGGAAAGCUGAUAAAGGUCGACACGGUGACCCACCAGACGCGGACCUGGUGUGAACAGAACGCCUACCCCUCCGAGCCUGUGUUCGUGCCCCGGCCAGACGCAAUGAGUGAGGACGACGGUGUGCUGCUCUCCGCACUCCUCUGGGCCCAGGGACAGGAGCGGCAGGUGGCGCUACUGGUGGUCGACGCCGUCUCCAUGCGGGAGCUCGGCAGGGCCACCUUCCACACUGACGGACCCGUGCCCAAGUGUCUCCACGGCUGGUUCAAAGGCGACUCGGUCUGAUCUCUAAAUGGCCAGUUCAAAGACGACGGAAUCUGGUCUCCCAUACACGAAGGAGGGCCCAAGGGGGAUUUAUUUUGGCCUUUACACGGCUAGUUCAAGAGACUCGGUCUGAUCACUGAAAGGCUGGGUCGAAGGGACUCAGUCUGAUCUUUAUACAGCCGGUUCAAGAGUUGUAUGUAUGUAUGUAUGUAUGUAUUGACUUCAUGACAAACCAUUCCAUAUACAAAUAAUGGCUAUUCUUGGCGUCGAGUCCAAAAAGUAAAACACGGACGGAUGGGAAAGUUCUAAAAUGCACAUACGAACAUCCAUACCACAAGCCACGCAUCCCUGCACAGUACACAUCACACAUUGCAAGUUCAACUAUUCACCAUUCUGCACUCUCAGCAGAUGGCUGCGGCAGUGGGCACUAAACUGACGAGGGCCCAGGUCGCGGAGAUCCUGGGGCAAGGCAUUGUACUCCGAUACAGCCGAGUACAGGAACCGGCGGCGCCCGGACUCGGUACGUAUUGCCGGUGUUUCAAGUGAGUCCGUCUGCCUUGUAUCACGGCCGUGAAUGCUUCCACGAGUCACAAUUCUAUUUCCCAGCGACUCCGGCUGCCCUGUGUGCAUCAUACGCUUCAACAUGCUCAGUGAGUGAUAGCGCCACAGGUUCUCCGCCGACAGCCACUGCAGCUCCCUAAUGACAUCACUUAUAUGAUCGUAUUUCCGCCGACCCGAUAUCACCCGAGCUCCAAAAUUGAUCAAUUUCUGCAGCCGGGCCCGUUGCAUUGCGCCACACACGCCGUAUACACUGAUGCAAUAGCGUACGGAAGACAUAACCAGCGCCUGCACCAGCGUAGUCAAUGUCUCUCUCGAAAGGGCGUGCCGGCAGUGACUCAGCCCACUCAGAACACCUGUGCACCGGCGCGCCACAUCAGUCACACAUGAUCGAUGAACGUGAGGCUCUGGUCAAACGUGAUACCGAGGUUUUUGACAGUACGAGACCCGUUAAUGUUGGAACCCAUGAAGCGAACCGUGAUCGGUGGAAGGCUACGAAGACCUUGCUUAGUUCCAAUUACAAUUAAUUGCGUCUUUUCUGCGUUGAUUUUCAGUCCGUUUUUGCCAAGCCAAGUUGAGAGGGUGACCAGUUCCUAAAGGCUUGGUUCAAUGGCGACUCAAUUUAGUCUUUAUACAGCGGGAUAAUGGAGACUGAAUGUGGUCCCAUACACGGAUAAUUUCGAGGUGACUGACUUCAGUCGGAUUUCCACACAGUGGCCCCGAGGCGCUUCCUACAAGACUGGUUGGAAUGGGCUGUGUGGCAAUCUGGUCCCUACAGUGUUACAUCAGAAGGUUAUGAACCUAAUUCGUAUGCUUGAUGUUGAACGUGCUUCACUGUUGUAGACUAGUCAUUUGUGUAGUUGAUAGGCUCAUUUAAGAUCAUAUUUGAACCAUGUUGGCUUGAGCAAUGUUGUUUGCUUGAUCAAUGUAUCAAAUAAAGGCAGAACGACACCAGAAAAGGCGGCACGUUAAAUAUAAAAGACAUUUUA